GAUUGAUCAACAUCCCAUUUUGUAAGCUGAUAAUAUGCUUUUUUGGGCAAGAGAGAAAUCAUGGCCUUUUGUAACUGGACCUGUGCAUGUGGACACAGUAACGAAAACAGCAGGUGUUGUCAGUCUUGCGGUUCUCAUAAGGAACGGAUGAGCUGCGCUUUAAAUCUUAAUCCUAUGUCCAUCCACAGCAACUAUCAGCCAUCUUUCUUGAUCUCAACAACAGAAACUGAUUGGCAGUGUUCUAAGUGUACAUACAAGAAUAACCCCGUGGAGAUAUCCUGUGAGUUGUGUGGGUACAACAAACCUGUUGAUCUUGAAACAAUAAGACCUGAAGGCAUGGAUUCUAAUGACUUAAACGCAACAUCGGCUCCACAAGACAAUGAUGAAGUUAGAAUCAUUCUGGUCGGCAGGACGGGAGCAGGCAAGAGUGCUACGGGAAACACUAUACUCGGCAAAACUAUGUUUCACUCGGAUAUCUCAAAUUCAUCAAUCACCAAGAAAUGCAAACGAGGCUCAGUCGACCGUUUUGGUCAUCGUCUGCUUGUGGUAGACACACCAGGGCUUUUUGACACUGGACUGUCGAAUGAAGACAUCACAACGGAAAUCCUGAAGUGUGUGGGUCUCACAGCCCCUGGUCCUCAUGCUAUUUUAUUGAUAGUAGGGAUCAGACGUUUUACAAAAGAGGAAAAUGAAACUGUGAUCCUUCUCCGAAAAAUGUUUGGCGCAGAUAUGAUGAAAUAUCUUAUUGUAGUGUUUACCCGGAAAGACGAUUUAGACAGAGGAAAAAAGACAAUCCAUCAAAUUGUCAGAGAUGCACCGAAGUGUCUUCAAGAUAUUAUAAAUGAGUGUGACGACCGCUACUUUGCUUUGGAUAAUACCGGGGAUGAUCCGAAAGCUUCCGAACAGCAGGUCCAAGAGUUAUUAGAAAUGAUACAGUGCAUGACAAGGAGAAAUGGUGGUGACUAUUAUACAAGCCCAAUAUUUGACGAAACAGAACUCGCUAUCCGACAAAGAGAGCAAGAAUUAAAGAAGCAGUUAGAGACUGAGAGCAAAAAGCGAUUCACUAAACUUCGAAAGAGGCUCUCUGAAGAAUAUCAGGAAAAGAAUAAUAUAUAUAAACAGCAUGAACGAUAUUUGUUGGAUAAGUUAGAAACGCUGGAACAACAAAGACACAGUGAAAAUGAUGCUAUGUGCAAGAGACUCACCCAGUUACAAACAGAAAUGGAUAAUCUUCAUAUUGAAGCCAUUCCCGAGACGUUUGAAAUUGAAGAAAGUGCAAAUGUAACGGGACUUCAGCAGAAAAUUUCAGAAGUCAAACAAAAAUUAGCGGAAGUCCGCAAAGAACAAGAUGAUCUCUAUUCUAAAACAGUAUCUGCAAUUCCUGACAUUGAUUCGUCUCCUAUAUAUGCUGAAAAUGGGGGAUGGGAAGUAGUGCGGGAGAGUGUUCGGGAUGAAAUCGAGAGAGGAGACAAAAAUAUUUUGAAAAGAUUUUGGUCGAAUAUAAAAAAUGCUGGUCUUGGUUUACUUCAAAAUUUCAAAGACAUGUUUGAAAUUCUUAAACAAAGAGCUGGCAUUUCUUCCUCUUCGUGAGAAUAUUUAGCAACUGAAAAUGUUGAUGAUAUUUUCUUUUAUGCUCAAUUAUAAAUAUCCCAGAAAUCAG